AAUUUAAAAAACUCAUUAUGGGAACCCAUAAUGCACCUCUUCAAUUUUUCCCAUCAUUCUUAGCAACAGAUCUCCGGUCACGAUGGCGGACAGACCAGUUCCCGUGGUGGAGAAGCGCCUGAUGGAUGUGAAACUGGGAGAGCUGGGAAGCUGGCUGGGAGGGCGAGACUUCACCCCUAACGGCAUCCUGCAGGCCAUCCGCCGAGGCCACGACAGAUACUACAACAAGUACAUCAAUGUGAAGAAGGGCGGCAUUGGCGGCGUGGCCAUGCUGCUGGUCGGAUACGUGGCCAUCAGCUACUUGUGGGAAUACGACCACAUAAAACACGAUCGCUGGAGGAAGUACCACUGAGUCCCAGCAGCCAUCGGGGUGAACCGUCACAUCCUGGCACCUCCUGCUUCUAUGCUCAGCUCUGUUGUAUUAAUGUGACCAAUUAAAGACAAUACCAGUUUCA